UGCUGUCCACUUGGUUCCACCGCUGGACCAACCGCUCCACGUGCAACAAUCUACCGCAUGCACGGUUUCAUCACCAUCGGCAACCGAUUCGGCAGCUUCGCCGCCAUCUAUCGCCGGGGAUUCAUCGUCAUGGUCAAUACUUGAGGUGCUCGACCCACUGACGUACACGGACUUCCAGUGGAUGCCCGUUCCCCCGACCGGACGAUUGCUGAAACCGCAUUGCAAUGUGCUCAUGGCACAACUGCGAGAUUACUUGCACACUGCAGUACCAGCUUUGUUGAUGGACGCCGGAGUAGAGGUUGUCGACCUUCACGCUUACAUUGCGAAGAUCGACCGCGAGUUCAAGACGCAACAGUACGACGACAUCGACGCACCAUUGCUAUAUGUACGCAUUCAGAUCGGAGAGGCGACCUGCAACGCCUUGAUCAAUUGCGGAGCAUCUCGCAACUACAUCAGCCAGGACUUCAUGGUGUGCGCCAACCUUGGCCCACGCGUCCGGAGGAAGUCCCAGCCUACGCAAGUCACGUUGGCGGACGGUCACACGCACAAGUCCAUCGACCGGUGCAUUGACAACGUCCCAGUGUACUUUGCCCCUCACGCAAGUGAGGCGGUGUCCUUUGACAUUCUGGACACCAAAUUUGACAUGAUCUUAGGCAUGUCAUGGCUGCGAAGCGAGGAUCAUCCGGUGAACUUCUUCCACCGCACCGUUCACAUUCGUGAUCGGAACGGAGUAUUAGUUCCAUGCACGGUACCUCUUCCUCAUCCUUCGAUCAGCUGCCACGUGGUAUCCGCCGCAAGCAUGCGAGCUUCCAUCAUCAGAGACGACAUCGAGGAGAUGGGGGUGUGUUUUCUCCACGCCCUCCGCCCCAUGACGCUUCAUCGACGAACUCACCUUCGGAUCCACGCAUCACCGAGCUUCUCGACGUCUACAGCGACGUAAGACAUUGUCAGCGACCGCGACACUCGUUUCAUGUCGGCGUUUUGGACUGCUCUCAUGCAGGAGUCCGGCACAACAAUGAAAACAAGUUCGGCUCGACACCCUCAGACAGACGGGCAGACGGAGCGGGCACAUCAGACCGCUCAAAUGAUGCUUCGUACGCUCAUCCGUCCGGACCAGAAAGAUUGGGUUGACCGCCUCCCCGAUAUCGAGUUCGCCUACAACACUUCGGUGCAUCCGGCGAUCGGCGUGACUCCAUUCGAGUUGCACCACGGUGGACGGAAAGGCCGGAUCUUCGCCGACCUUCUCCUCCCUCGACCAACCGACACUGACGCUGCCUUCUCUCCCGCUUCCGUCCGGAAGUACAGGGAAUUGUUGACUCAAGCCCGCGCAAACAUGCAAAAGGCUCAAGUCCGCAUGCAGCAGCAAGCCAAUAGGCGUCGCGUACCAUGUCCCAUCCGCGUCGGUGAUCUGGUUUGGGUCUCCGCGGAAGAGUUUGCACUGGAACAGGAUGUUUCAUGCAAACUGCUUCCCAAGUGGUUUGGACCUUGGUCUGUGACAGCAGCCGCGGGCGAUGAGCCCGAUGRCCCUUCAUUUGUGAUCAACAUUCCAGAGCAUCUGACGGUCCAUCCGGUCUUCCACGCCUCGAAGCUGGCAACAUACACGCCAGCCAAGAGCGACGACUUUCCGGGCCGACGACCGCAGGACCCUCCCUCUAUGGAUGUUCAUCAGGAAGUUGACCGCGUCAUCUCCGAUCGCAAGGACGGCAGCAAGCCGCGGGAGUACAAAGUCACAUUCAAAGCAUGCGAUCGCGACGACACUCGGUGGAUUUCAGGCGCAGAUUUGAAAGCAUCCGCACCACUGAUCUACGCACAUUAUGAAAAGCGGAGGUUAGCUCAGGAAGCUUCACGACCAGCCCCUCCCACCCGGACUGUGGUCCCUCCCUCAGACAGACCGCUUCGCCCUCGCAGGUAAGCUCGGUUCUUCAAGGAGGGAGGGGUGUGGCAUACUGCAUAGCCACACGG